AUGAUCCGCUCGACGCAAAUAGCCCGCCUCGACGGGCUCAUGCUCUGCGCCUCGGUCGACGACGAGGCCACCGAGUCCUCCCUCUCCGAGGUGAAGUCGCAGGUGAAGCUCGUCCUGCGGCGGCUGAGCCGCAACUCGGAGCCGCAGGCCUCCAUCGAGUCCGGCAGCCACUGCCUGCACUACCUCAUCGCCGCCGACGUCGUCUACGUCUGCAUCGCCGACAAGUCGUACCCGCGCAAGCUCGCAUUCACCUACCUCUCCGACCUGGCCGCCGAGUUCGCGGGCACCUACCCGGCCCAGCAGCUCCUGUCGCCCACCCUGCGGCCCUACGCCUUCAUGGAGUUCGACACCUUCAUCUCCAAGACCAAGGCGACCUACAGCGACACGCGCGCGACGCAGAACCUCGACAAGCUCAACGACGAGCUGCGCGACGUGACAAAAGUCAUGACCAAGAACAUCGAGGACCUGCUCUACCGCGGCGACAGCCUCGAGCGCAUGGGCGAGCUGAGCAGCCGCCUGCGCGACGACAGCAAAAAGUACCGCCGCGCCGCCGUGCGCAUCAACUGGGAGCUCAUGCUCAAGCAGUACGGCCCCUUCGGCGCCCUGGGCCUCAUCAUAAUCUUUUUCAUUUACUGGAGGUUUUUCUAG